CGAAGACCUGGGCUGUUGGUCUAGUUUUUUGCUGCCAUGCGCGCCAUUACCUUGUGAUAGGGUAAUGAACUACAGACGGCGCAGGAGAGCUCUUGCGCACACCGGGCAAGGAUGGACGGGAGACUGGGGAGGUUUGAGCAGCUGGAGCAGGGGUUUGUGGAGGUUCCAGAGGGGUUAAUGCAUCUGUUAGAGGAGCGGUUGACUGAGGGGAAGACUGAGAGCAAGGCGGUUAUCUGCAUGAACGUGGAUCACUUUGGGUGUCUCAGGGGGGAGGACGAGGGGUGGGGCUGCGGCUGGCGCAACAUCCAGAUGUACUUAUCCAACCUGCUGCGCAACGAGGAGAUCUGCAAGCAUUACCCAGGCAAGGCGGUCGUCCCAGACAUUGCCUGCCUGCAGCAAUGGUUAGAGGCCGCUUGGAACAUUGGGUUUGAUGUGGAGGGAGCGGACCAGCUAGACUGGAAGAUUGUGGGGACGUCCAAGUGGAUUGGAACCACAGAGUGCGCGGUGAUUCUCAGGUCUAUGGGCGUGCGAGCCUGCAUAGUGCAGUUUGAUGCCGCCGCAGCCAUCAAAUUGCGCGCUGGGAACGUGGAUGACGACGUCCUGGAGACGUCCGUGGUUACCGGGUCAGGUCAAAAGGACAACGUCAAGAAGAACAUGUGCGCGCGGUGCAACAAAACCCUGGGCAAGCACUACUACAAGUGCAACGUGAAGGAUGACUACAACGUCUGCGGGGACUGUAAGAAGGCCCUGGACAAGGAGUUUGCAAAGCAACCUGUGGGCAGGCUGAAUCACUUCAUCCGGGUGGAGGCUCCUGACUCAAAUUCGGACGAUGCGGACAACGCCGCGCCGUCCAAGGGGGGGGAAGCGCCGUCCCAAUUAGACCCCAAGCGCGGCGUGCGGCACACCAGGCUGUUUGAGUGGGUUUGGCGCUACUUCACGGACGGGUUGAAAGCGGAUGAGAAGUGGAAGGACGGGAACUGCAGACAGCCCCAGGUGCGAGUGGUGGACAAACCGCCGCUCUACUUUCAGCAACAAGGGCACUCGCGCACGAUAGUGGGUGUGCGGAAAGUGAGGGAGAGGCCUGGUGCGGCGGAGGAGACUUGGCUGCUGAUCCUGGAGCCGUGCGAGGAGACGAGCGAGGUGGCGGAUAUGCUGCGGCGGAAGGACCCUAAGUGGCGGCAGGUUCUGGAGUUUGGGGAGAAGGAGCUUUGGAAACCGGUUUACCAGAUAUGCUAUGUUAAGCCAGGGCUGGCCAAAGGGGACCAACUGGAGAAGCUGAAAGUGCUGAGUAGUAUUUACAAGGAAUGGCAAGACGUUCUUACUGCUUCGUUGGACAAGUACGGUGGCCCUGGGGGGCUGAACGCUGCUGAGGAUGCCUCGCGGUCGAAGCAGCGGAAACGCGGUGAACCGAGGAGGCUUCGAACAGACGUGGCCGUAAAGCUUAUGAACGAGAGCGAUCCAGAAGGGAACGUUGACGAGAUCGUGGAUGAUCUGGACGAGAUGCGGUUCUACCGAGAACAUACAACGUACUGGACCGAGACGCUCUAUAGUUCUUCAGAGGUGGCUAAGAUUCGGGCACUUACUAAAUGGAUAGCACAAGGGAGUGCCUGGGAGUGCUUCCUUCAACUUGAACCUGACUUAGGAACAAAGGGUGCCACGGUUCAGCAGCAGUCAUUGAUGGCAAGCUCUACAGCUGCCACGAGCGUCACGGCCGGAGUCAAGCGCAAGCGCGGCCAGGUCGCCGAUACUAGGAGGUUUGUGUGCAACGUCGUGGGCUGUGGUGAGACUUUUACUGACAAGCGGUACCUGACACGCCACUCCCGCUCGCAUUCAGAGCAGAAUGCGCCACCAGCAAGUUACGACGGUUGGAAGCAGCACUACAAGUUCAUGAAUAUAUACGGGCUCCCUGACGGCAGCGUCUGGAGUUGUGAAGUCGGGCGCUUCUUGAAGGGAAGAUUUAAAAGUGGCUACAUCCAGUUCAACAUCAACGGGCAGAUGAUCCAGCGCCACCGCCUGAACUUCGAGAUCGCCCAUGGGCGCGCGAUUUCUCCCGGGAUGGAGAUCGACCACAUCAUUCCUUCGCCCAAACCGGAGGACGGGUCGGAACGGCCCCUUCAGAACGACAGCUGGGCAAACCUUCAAGAGCUAACGCGGCCGGAACACCAGCGGAAGACCGCAAGGGACAACCCUGGGUCGGGUCAGAAGCGGAGUGUGACCGGAGGCUUCCCAAUUAUUGUACGUCAUGUUGCGAGCAGCAAAGAGGAACGGUACUCUUCGAUCAGGGACGCCGCAUCAACUCUGGGGCUCGACAGGAAGACGAUGCAGAAGUGCAUCCAGGGAGGUUCAAGCAAGGAGUACGGUGGCUACAUGUUCUUCAGGUGCUCGGUGCAUGUUGUAGAUCAAGCGGACAGGCCUAGCGAAGAAUGGAAGGAUGCGAAGCUGGAUGGGCGGGUUCUCAGAAGCAUACGGGUCAGCAGCUUGGGGCGCGUUCAAUUGAGCAACGGGAGGCGCACGGAGGGCAACAUCGUGUGCGGGCGACAUAAGGUCGAGCUUCAGAUCGCCGGGAAGCGUGUUACUGUCUGCGUCUAUAAUCUCAUGGCCCACACCUUCAUCGGUCCGCCCCCUAGUGAUGAGCACACGGUCGACCACAUCGAUGGAAUUUGUGACCAGGACGUGAUCUGGAACCUCCGCUGGGCGACCAGGGUGGAACAAAAUCGGAACCGGACAAUUAACAGAGCCGUCCGCAAGCACGAUCUCGAGGGCAAGCUCCUGCAGACAUAUAGUACGAUCGCAGAGGCCGCUGAGAAGAAUGACCUGUCGUGGCAACAAGUGGAUUAUGCCACGAGGAUGGGCAGCACGGCGACCGGUUUUCUCUGGACGAAGAUAUAG